AUGUGGUUCCAGCUAUCCACCCUCCAGCUUGUUGCCUCUGCGGUCCUGCUGCCGGCCUCUCAAGCAUUCAGCAUUGUAACAACUAAUGAUGCAAACACUCUGGCCGCUGCGAUUUUUGGCCAGGGCACAACCAUUCUUGGUGCCACUUUCUCAGGCUCAUCAGCUAGUUCCGGGACCUUUACCGAUGGGCCUUUUGGUAUCGGAAGCGGUGCGAUACUCACCUCUGGCGCUGCCGACGGUGCUCUGCCCAACGGUGACCACUAUGUCAACAACGGAGCAUCUGGUUCGGCUGACUAUUGCGGUCCAAGCACCUUCAAUGCAGCGAUAUUGUCUGUCGACUUUUUCGUUGACCCAGCCUUUAACGGUGUCAGAGUUGAGCUCAUUCUUGCGUCGGAAGAAGAAGGCGGUUCCGCUGACCCCGUUGGCAUCUUUCUUGACGGCACGCAAUAUGCCUUCGACCCCGAUGGGAACCGAAUAACCGCGGUCACUCCUUAUCUUGCGCAACCUCUUGUCAUCACGCCGCCCAACAGUGUGACCUCAUAUCCCGGCUCAACGGCACCUUUCUGGAUUGAUAUCCUCGCCUCCGGUGCUCAUACCAUGGUCAUUGCUAUUUGCGAUCAAGGUGAUGCGGAGUGGGACUCGGGGCUUCUGAUAAAAGCUGAGGGCUGCGUUGAUUGCGAUAACGAGGUUCGCCUCGCCUAUGUAACGACCACAACUACAUUAGCGGCAGGCGAGGCGCCUUUCACGUCGACUACCACGGCUUCAGGAACUGUGUCUGGGACAAUCAGGAUCGGGGUAUUAGCCGAGGAGACAACCACAACUACUGCCGAAGAGACAACCACUACAACUGCGGAGGAGACAACUACCACGACUGCAGAGGAGACAACCACUACUACUGCCGAAGAGACGACCACCACGACUGCGGAGGAGACAACCACCACGACUGCGGAGGAGACAACCACUACAACUGCAGAAGAGACGACUACCACAACAGCAGAGGAUACAACCACUACUACUGCGGAGGAGACAACUACUACGACUGCAGAAGACACAACCACUACUAUUGACGAAACCACAACUACUGUUCAAGAGCCCUCAACUGCGACAACCAACGACGAGCCCACAACUACCACUGCCCAAAGCCCUACCAUAGAUGGAACUACUGAAACAUCAACAGUCACAUCUUCUGAAGAACUGCUAGGUACUACUACAACAACUCUAGCGGCAAGUGAUACAACGACAGCGUAUUCCCUCACUGCCACCGAGUCAAUGUCCGAUACUACCACAACGGCCCAGGACUCUUCCAUUGAGAGUACAACGGGUCAAGAGACGAUCAGUUCGUCCAAUGCCCUUACCGAUGGUACAACUACCUCCUCUGAUGAUAUUGAAACGCCCUCCAUUAGUUCAGCAGCCUUAAUUUCUACUGAUGAACUCCCUGGGAGCUUGAGCAGUGGCAUUUCAACCCUGGAUACUACAGUCUCGAGUCCUAGCACUACAAGGAUAGUCGAGCCUUUGGAAACAACCACGGUCCAACAGACUGAGUCGACUGACAUAGUCACUCCCUCCUCCACAGGGUCCAGAGAAGUAACAAGCUCGGCCGAUGCCGUUACUUUAACUACAGAGGAUAUGACAAGUACAGCAGCAUCGACAAUUGCCACCGCGUCUGUUAUGCCGUCUAACCUAGCCGCGAUUGGGACAUUUAGGUUCCAAGGCUGUCUAGGAUCUCCAGAUGGCUAUCCCAGCUUUGAAUUAAUCGGUGAAACGCCCGAAAUGACCACAGAGGAAUGUGUGAGACUCGGAACCGGGCGUGCUUAUAUCGGUAUCUACUUAAGAUCCUGCUAUGCAGCGGAUACGUUAGACUCUGCCGACCUAAUACCGAAUGGUCGUUGUGAUUUACCAUGUCCUGGUGACCUAGGCCUCUUCUGUGGCGGAAUAAUCGACACGGGCUCAAACCUUGAAUCACGCUUCAAGUCUCGCCGACGUCUCAGCCGUCGAGAUGCUCCGCCAAGUAUUCUACUUACCUUAUACGCGAAUAUCAACGCCGCUUCUGCUUCUCUAGCGACUUCGGAUGUUCCCAGUACUGUCGACGCGACGACAGACAACUCUCUCAUUCCUACAUUCAACCCUACCAUUCCUGUUUAUCCAUCUUUAAGCACACAAUCUUUUAUACAAUCUUUCAUUAACUCCGCUAUCCCCAUCGAGCCUUCAGUUUCUAUCACUCAGUCACAAGGGGGACGACCCAUUAUUCCUCCAUUUCCAACAACUGCCCCUUUCAAUGCUGGAAACUUCACGAGGACUGAAGCUAUCGCGCCUAUAGUUACUACUAUAACAUAUACGGCCGUUGACCCUAAUAACCCAUCAUUUUUAACCGUCACUGAGUUUUGUACCACCUUGAGGCCUCCUCCCUGCCGUCAAUGCCAGUAUCAGAAACCACCAACAGUGGAGAUAACAACCAUCAAAGUUGACUGCAAUGGUUGUGGCCACUACGGCGAGAACACAAUCAUUCUAGAAGUUCCAGCGGGUGCAGUCAUGGCAGCUCCGACACGGGGUCACUCUGAUCACGAACCUCAUCAAGUGCCAUAUCCAGCGGGUGCAGUCGUAGCAGCUCCGACAAGGGGCCACUCCGCUCACGAAUCUCACCAGGUGUCAUAUCAUGAGGCUGAGCCUGAGCCUGAGCCUAAGCCCGAUGGACAGAAACCUCGCCCUUAUGAGGGAGACCCUCAUACUGGGCAAAAGCCCCGACCUCAAAAGGCUUCGCCCGCCGCUGGCGACAAAUCAUAUAAUGUCGACCAAGGGUAUAAGUUUGCUCAACCUCAGGCACACGAAGUCAGACCAACUGGCGCUGGGGACAGUCAUGAAGAAGCCGAGCCAGCUGCAGUUCCCAGUACUGAACCAGAGCUUAAACCGGUGGGAGGAGAUGACAAACCUGAGCCUCCCAAGCCAACACUCCAACGCAGGCCAGGUCUAGGUCCAGUUUCUCCACAUCGGCCACUAAGUACUCCUAUUGUGGUGGUCUCAGGGGCAAUAGCAAGAGCGUGGGAGGGGGUGUUGAUAACUGUCUUUCUUACGACUGGACUUGUUUUUCUUUUGUAA